AUGGCACAAGGGGUAGUUACCCUCAAUGCAUAUGAACCAAAGGAAGGAACUCAUUAUGCAGCAUUUUCGCUCCCGGCUCCCCGUACCAUCUCGCACUUCCACACCGCGGGCAGCCAACGCCCCACCAACAUCCUCCGCUGUGCCCGGACGCCCCCAGCACUAUCAGGCAUUCCUGGCCAACGACGGCGAUACGUCUUCUCCGCCUCAUCCGCUACCACGACCAGUCAGCACCAGCCCAAGUCCAGGGCGGCCCAGGGCCCCAAAGCCGAAGCCAAGGUGGCCACCAAGCUCCCAAGUCCGGUCAAGACCGGAGGGGUGGAGAGGAAGGGAGGCGAGGGUUGUGAGAGCGGAUGGGGGCGGGGCGCGUUCAUGUCGUUGGCUGGGAGUGUCCGGGUGCUGGCGUGGGCGGUGUGCGCAGCGGUGGUCGCAGCGGUGGUGUUGGUGGCCGCGGCGUUGGUGUUCGCGGUGUGGAAGUGGGACGGAAGACUGGAAGAGUUAGGGCAACUUUUUUGUUGCGGGCCUUUGGGCCGCAAUGGAACAGCGGGGCGGAAGCCAUAUUCUUAUUGA